AUGGCCAACAUGGAGGUCCUGCAGGCCGUGGAGGAGCCCGCCCUGGUGAAGGCCCGCCAGAAUGGGGACCCAUCGGCUCACUCAGAAGCGUCACAGCAGCAGCCCAGAGAGACCCUCCUCCACCUGGCGGCGCGCCAGGACCUGCUCCACCUCUGCCGCUUCCUGCUGCACCAGCCCCACAGCCACCGGGCGCUGACCCUACCCAAUCAGGAGGGAGACACGCCUCUCCACCUGGCCCAGAGGAGCCGGGAGCACACUCUGUUCAAGGCGCUCACCACCCCGCCGUUCCCAGUGGGUGGCCGUGUUGUGGGGGGGCACUGCCUGUGGUCAGACAGCUCCGGGGUCCUGAGGUUCCACCCUGGGACCGACCAGCUGGUCCUCUCGGCACCCCGCGCCCCUGGACCCUGCCCUCAUGACAUCAUCACCGCCCUCAGAGGCAAACUCAAAGACCCCGGCGUCGUCCGAGCGAUCGCAUCACUCAGAGACCCUGAUGUGACCCGCGGCAAAAAGCGGAUGGACCAGAGUGAUGGAGACCUUUGCACGGAGUCAGUCGUGGAGCAGCAGCCCCCGGGCGAGAGGGUGUUCACCGAACCGCUCGUUCUCUGCCUGGACGAUGAGCAGGACACAGAAGACCACUCCCUGCUACCAGUCGCCAAAGAGGAUCCUGUACAGUCCAAUAGAGCCCAGGAUCUGUCUGCUCUCUGCGUCCAUCCUGUACCCCUGGACGGGACUAACGUCCUGGCUACAGAAAACACCCAUCCGAGUUUGACCGAGCAGCAUGCCAGACAGCACAUCGGAGGGGUGACCACCGACAGCUCAGGGGCCGACUUCAGCGCGCAGGACCAGGAGCACCCGAAGGUGGCCCCGUGCUCGACAGACACCCCCUCACCCACACACCAGCCCCUUCAGGCCGAGGACCGUUCGCAUACCUCCGCACCACCACCGCCACCGCUCGCUCGCCCUCUUGCCCCCUCUGUACUCCCUCUCUCCGGGGAACUCUUUCCAGGCGGAUCAGACCGUCCCACGCCGGAGAAUCUGCCGAACCGGAAGGAGAGUCCGACUCUGGAGGUUGAGGAUCUCAGUCCCAGUCUGGUGGCCCUGGAGCUGGACAGUGAGGAGGACGGCACCGCCGGGCCCCAGCCGCCCUUCUCGGACCUGGGGUCGGCCGUCCAGAACGGGCCGGGCGACACUGACGCCAUGGACACCUUCGACCCCUCCCCCGAACUCACCUGCACUCGCACCAAGUCGGCCUCCUCCGUGUGUGAGGCCACGCCCGCACAGGAGUCGUGUGACCAGGGGGUCCGCCUGCGCUCCUACUCCUACUCCUCCUCUAAGCUCAGCCAGAGGCCCCCUGGGGUGUCCCGGGACAGCCCCCCUCCCAUCUCCAGCCCUGAUGGUGUGUUCCACAACUUCAGCUACAGCCGAUCUCUCCUCCAAGCCCUCUCUCUGUCUAAAUCUCUGUAUCUGCUUCACCCCGGUAAGCAGAGAGCCACCAGCCAAUCAGAGCUGACCCAUGAAAAAAGGGAGGUCAGGUUACGUAGACGGGCCCAGUCGGCCGACGAUGAAGGCGUCACGGGGCUGUCAGAGUCCCUUCAACAUCUCACUUUAUCUGAGUUUCUUAAAGAAAUCGAAGAGGAAGAGUUUGAUAAGUACAACAUCCCGUCCAAGUCGGACUCGGACAAGUACAAAGUGAUCCGGACCUUCAGCUUCCUGAAGAACCGGAUGACCAGCACACGCAACAAGAGCAAGGGGAAGGCCAAGGACAGAGAGGCCAAGGAGAGACAGCUAAAUGGACACCAGUUUGCCACUGGUUCCUGCCUGGGACCCACCGUGUGUCUGAUCUGUGAAAAGCCUGCCUCUGGACGGGACCUUCUGCAUUGCUCCAGGUGCAUGUCCAUGGUCCACAAAGGCUGUAAGGACUCUGUCCCUCCAUGUUUGAAGAAGCCUCAGGAUAAGUAUGCCGUUUCCAUGGUGAAGAACAGAACAGCCUCUCUUCCACAAAAUUUUACCCUAAGGGACGGCCCCCCUCUGUGCGUUCACCCCAACACCAUGUCCUUACCGGUCAGCAGCCCCAAGGAGAGGAGGGAGGGAGCCCUGCUCUUCAACCCGCACUCUGGGAGCUUCUCCAACACAAGCGACAGGCAGAGUGAAAGUUCCGAGCCAGAGACCGACAGCUGGAGGAUUUUCAGCCAAUCGGAUGAGCUCCCUCAAACCGCAGCCUCUUCCACUUCCACAGACUCCUCCAUCGGAGAAGACUGCGUGGACUCGUUGGUGGGCAGCGACCUCACGGCCGGCGCGGUGGAGUUUGAGGCAGAGUCGUGGAGCCUCAACGUGGAGCACAAGUUCUGCAAGAAGCAGGACAAGCAGGAGGUCAAGAGACAGGACGUCAUCUAUGAGCUGAUGCAGACGGAGGUCCACCACCUGCAGACGCUGCACAUCAUGGCGGAGGUGUUCCGGCGCGGCGUGCGGGAGGAGGUCCAGCUGGACGCCGAGGCCCAGGACCGGCUGUUCCCCGUCCUGGACCAGCUGCUCGCCCUGCACCACGCCUUCUUCUGCUCCAUGAGGGAGCGAUGCCACAGCUCCGCCGCCGCCGCGCCCGAGCAAGACAGCUACCUCAUCAAGCAGAUAGGGGACCUCCUUCUGCACCAGUUCACAGAGGAGAAUGCAGAGAGGAUGAAGCAGGUCUAUGGGGAGUUCUGCAGCCACCACAACGACGCCGUCAGCUUCUUCAAGGAGCUGCAGCAGAACAACAAGAGAUUCCAGACCUUUGUUAAGCAACAAAGCAACAACUCUCUGGUGAGGCGGAGGGAGAUCCCAGAAUGCAUCUUGCUGGUGACCCAAAGGAUCACUAAGUACCCCGUGCUGCUGGAGAGGAUUCUGAAAUACACGCAAGAGGCCACCCAGGAACACGCAGACCUGCUGAAGGCCCUGGCUCAGAUCCGCGAGGUCAUCGCCGCCGUGGACCUCCGCGUCAGCGAGUACGAGCGGGUUCAGAGGCUACAGGAAGUGUGGACCCGCACGGAGAGCCGCAGUUCGGCCAAGCUGAAGAACGGCCACAUCUUCCGCAAGCAGGACAUGAUGCGCCCGGGCCAGGUCCUCAAGCACCAGGGGCUGCUGCUGUGGAAGACCGCCACCGGGCGUCUCAAAGAUGUGAUGGCGCUUCUCCUCGCAGACACGCUCAUCUUCCUGCAGGAGAAGGACCAGAAAUAUGUGUUUGCUGCUGUGGACCAGAAGCCCUCGGUGAUCUCGCUGCAGAAGCUGAUCGUGCGGGAGGUGGCCAACGAGGAGCGGGGCAUGUUCCUGAUCAGCGCAUCGGCCGCCGGCCCCGAGAUGUACGAGGUCCACGCCGCCUCCAAGGACGAACGCAACGCCUGGAUGAGGCUGAUCCGCGAGGCCGUGGAGAGCUGUCCAGAGGAAGAGGACGACUACACCAGCGAAUCAGAGGACGACAAGCGAGCGGCCGAGGCCCGCAUUCAAAAGAUCCACAAACUGCAAGAGAGCCUGAUGAGCCGAGACCAGCAGAUCGUCUCCAGCCUGGAGGAGAAGCUGGGGAUCUACGCAGAGACCAUCGCGCUCCACUGGAAGAUGGACGUGUCCCAGCUGGAGUCCCGCAUACGGGUGCAGCCCCACGCCGAGGAGGUCCCACAGGCCGCCGUGUGGCUGGCUGCCGCGCUGCAGGAGACUGAGAACCUGAAGACCAUGCUGCAGCCCCUGGCCGUCUCCCCCUGCAGCCCGGACACCAAUGGAAGGGGGCCGGAGGACUGCGCCAGCAUCAAGGUUGCCCAGAGUGUUCAAAGCCUGACACAGUUGCUUUACAGUCUGCAGGCCGUGGUGAGCAUCCAGGACAGCUGCCACGAGGUCCAGAAGCUCCUCCUCUCCUCCACUUCCUCCUCCGUCCGCGGCCAGAGGCCCCGUCCCACGCCCUCCUCCUCCUCCUCCUCCUCCGUGCGGGGCCCCUCCCUGCAGGAGCAGGAGAAGCAGCGCAACCUGGAGAAGCGGCGGGAGGAGGCGGCGGCGGCGCUGCGGCAGCAGGGCCGCCUGCGUCUGGACCGCCAGCGCUGGGAGAGGGAGUGCCAGGCCCGGGACGGCCAGCAGGGGGCGCUGGAGGCCCGGCUGGAGGAGCGCGAGCGGCGCUGCGGCCUGCAGACGGAGAGCCUGCGGCGCGAGAGGCAGGAGCUGGAGGGCCAGCUGGAGGAGUACCAGCAGAGCCUGGAGCGGCUGCGGGACGGCCAGCGCAGCGUGGAGAGGGAGCGCCGCCGCCUGGACACCCAGCAGAGGGCGCUGCGGAGCUGGAGGCACGGCCGGCAGAGGAGCCUGCCCAGCAUGGGGCCCGCCCUCGUCAUCCCUCUGGGGGACAAGCAGCCAAUGGAUACCGGUUCACCCGGGGACUACAAAUAUGACGGCUCGGUGUUCGUGAACGAGGCUGCGUUCGCCGUCAGCGCGCCCUCCAACAACCAUCACAGGAGGGACGACCCCAGCGCCCACAACUGCCUCAACGCCCUGCUGCUCCGGUCCAACCAGAGGCCCAAGGCCGGCCCCCGGCCCCAGGCCCGGGCCACCGACACAGGCUUCUUCUACCACCCCGCCGGGCCUGAGGGGGAGGGGGCCCCGUCCCCGGCAGGCGAAUACGGCAGCCAAGGUGAAUAUGGACGUACGUCAGCGCUGAUGUCACCUGGGUCCGGGGGGCAGUAUCCCGGCAGCCCCCUCUCCCCCAUUGACCCUCGGCUGGACCUCGCCACGAUUGUCUCCAUGGAGACGGAGUCCGGCGGGGAGGAAAGCCGGGAAGAGAAAAUUGUUUACCUCUGAAGCGGGGAGCGGUAAAGGUGACCUCCGCUGCAGUACCGGACUCGACCAGCGGGGGGAGCACAAUGGAGAUGCCGCCGUGGUCCGCGUGCUCCGUUCAAAAGACGUUAAAAAAAAACACGCUCUUAACUCUGUUCUCGAGGGGGUUGUUUUAAUGGAAGAUGGGAUGGCUGCAUAGGAUUUGGUAGCCCGGGACUUCAGUUCACUGGUUGGUUUUGGGCUAUGACGUCAACAACCCAAUGUGUCAAGGUAACCAAAUGUCAUGGUUACUAUUCGUCAUGCCUGUG